UUACGGGAGAGGAGGACGGCAGGCAUCGGGCUUCGGAGUGCCGUGCCACAUUUGUGGCGGACUUGUUGCCAAGAGGCUCCGAGGAGUCCGGCAGUCACCUUCGACGUUCGUCCAGCGGCAACAAGAGACGAAAAGCAGCUGCGCUUUGGAGCCCUUGACAACCAGAGCGUGACGUGAGACGAGCGAGGACUAUAAUGGCGGACCAGGAAGAGGAAGCCAAAGCGAAGAAGGAGGUGCGCGUGUUCGGGCGCCCCGAACUGGCCUCCAAGGUGGCCAUGUUCCAGCGCAAGGCCGAGGACCACGAUCGCAAGCAGAAGGACAACCCCUUUUCGGAACGCUGGGACGGAUCUGCCUCCAGUGCACUGUCCAAGGACGACCCACGGUACGGCCAUCCCGAAGAAGGUUCGAAGACCGAGAAGCGCGGCCAGCAGGCCGGCCAGCUGAUUAGCAGCGAGGUUCGCGUGCUCUGCGAGAACGUGCACGAGUUCGGGACCGAACAGCCGGACGGCACUCGAGCCAUCACGUUCGGAGAACUCUUUCAGCUGUACACGAGCAUCUCGAACAAGGUGGUGGGCAUUCUGCUGCGCGCGCGUAAGCACGGCCUCAUCGACUUCGAGGGCGAGAUGCUGUACCAGCGGCGAGACGACGGCGUUGUCAUCCGGCUCCUCAGGCCCAUCGCCGAGAUACACGCGGAGAUGGGCUACAACUCGGCCCUGGCGCAACUGCCCAAGACCACGCCCGUGCUGCUGGGAGGCAAGACGGCCCCGUCGUAGCCGCAAGACACGGUUAUAAGCGGCGUUUUUCACUACUCUGGCUCUAAGUGGCCACAGCUUCUGAUAGUGCUCAUGCGAGCGCCGGCCAACUUGGUCGCGUUGAAGACCAUUGAGAACAGCUUUUGCUCUGUGCGCGCGUUUGUGUUCACGUUCUGUUUGCAGAGACGUAACGAAGCUUGUAACAAUAAUUUUUGUUUUCUACCUGUAAACGCAUUAAAGAAGAGCUUUCAAAGCCUC